AUGUUUACUAUACCCAUAUUUGGUAUCCAGUCUGUUGUGGCGAGCACCAUCUUCUUUGCUGUGGUGUCCUGGGGGGUGGGCAUCAAAGCAAGGGACGCCAACAGACUGAACAAACUGAUCAGGAAGGCGGAGUCUGUUGUUGGCUCUAAGCUUGUCACCCUGGAGGAGGUGGUGGAGGACAGGAUGCUGGCAAAACUGCUAGCUGUCAUGGACAAUCCCUCCCACCCCCUCCACAAAACACUGGACAAGCUAAAGAGCAGCUUCAGCCACAGACUCAUUCAACCCCGCUGCUCCAAGGAACGAUACAGGAAGUCGUUCCUUCCUUCUUUUUAUCCUAAAAACAGAGUGUUUUCAGAGGAUAGAUGUUUGUUCACAGUGCAGGAGGUUUUUGUACGGCCGCUUAAUGAGUUUGUAUCACUGUGGUACACUUUUGGUGGAGGAACCAAACUCAUCGUUGACUUGGGUGUGGUGCGGCCCACCCUGAGCGUCCUCCCCCCCUCCAGAGAGCAGCUGCAGCAGGGCAGUGCCACACUGGUGUGUCUGGCCAGCGGGGGCUUCCCCUCAGCCUGGAGGCUGGGCUGGAAGGUGGGGGGCAGCAGCCUCUCCUCAGGGGAGUCACACAGCCUGGAGGCCCUGGGGAGGGACGGCCACUACAGCUGGAGCAGCACCCUGAUCCUCCCUGCAGACCAGUGGAGGAAGGCGGGCUCAGUGAGCUGUGAGGCCAGUCUGAAUGGACAGAGCCCUGUCACUCAAAGCCUGGACCCUGAGCGCUGCUCAGAGUAGAGCUUCAGCAACACUUCCUGUCUGGAAAUGAUGCUGCUUCUUUCAUAGAGAUCUUCAUCAAGCUACAGAUCUCCUCUCUUCACAUAUUUCUGCACGUUUCACAGCUCUCUGCUCAGUGUUUUAGUGUGCAUGUUGCUUUCUCAUACUGAUCUUCUGCAUGUUCUUCUUCAUCAUCGUUAAAAUCAACUUUAUUAGUUUUAGUCCAAGAGAAACGAUUCAUUCAUCAGAAAUGUGGCAUGAACAUUAAACUCUCACUGAAUAAAACUGUGGAUUAUAA